AUAGCGCGAGCCUUCGGCCGGUCAUAAGCUGCUGGCAGAGAGAGGGUGGCCGUAAGCGGGAAGGACAAUGGCGGAGGGUUGGUCGGAAAGCAGCGCACGGCGGCGGCGGAAGAUCCCGUGCAGGAACUUCAUCCAUGGAGCUUGCAAAUGGGGACAUAGCUGCUAUUACUCGCAUGACCUGUCAAUACAGAAAUCGUCCCAGAUCUGUCGGUACUACUUAAAUGGACUUUGCUACUAUGGAGACCUUUGCAGAUAUCAACACACACAACCAACUGUAGGAUGGUCAUCUGGCAGCAGACGUGGCUUUGAGCCUGCCCUUCAGGUGGGGAGGACUGGAGAACCACCUCGGACUUUCCAUGAUACUGAAUCUCGACAACACACUGCAGGAUACAAUCCCAGAAACAGGCGUAGCUCUGCCCCUAUCAUUCAGCGAAUGGCAGCUGGUUUUUCUCAACCAACCCAUGCUGUAGGUUAUUCUGUUCAGUCAACUGCUGAAUUGUCUACUUGGAGCCGACGUGAUUCCGAACCUGUUGUCCCAAGUUCCACACACUUAAGAAAUACUGAGGACUUUGGCAUUCAACUGGAGGAAGAAGUCGAAGAAGAUAAGGAAAAUGAAGCGCCUUCGAGAAGUUUAAAAAAGUGGGAAUCUGGCGCAGAUAUUUUCCCGUGGCAGUUUAAAGAGCAUGAUACGCCAACAUCGCAAGCAACAGGUUCUUCUCAUUCUACAUGCCGAAAACUGAACAAUGAAGUUAACAUUGAACCGCAGAAUGGCUUGACGGAUUCUUCGACUUCCCAAUCUGUUAUGAAGAAAACAUUGGCUACAAACCAGGCCAUUGAAAUGAGUAAAGAUAUUAUUUGUGGAAUUUGCAUGGACAAAAUCUAUGAAAAAACACCACCUAAAGACCGAUGCUUUGCAAUUCUUCCUGGCUGCAAUCAUGCUUUUUGUCUGACCUGUAUCAAAACGUGGCGACACAGCAAGGGGUUUACCAAUAACAUACUAAAAGCAUGUCCUGAAUGUAGAGUGGUGUCCAGUUACUACAUACCUCAUAGAGUUUGGGUGGUUGAUGAGCAGAAACAGGAGCUCAUUGACAGGUUCAAAGCUGAAAAGAGAAAAAUAAGAUGCAAAUUUUUUCUGCAAAGUAACGGAAAAUGCCCAUUUAAAUCGGAAUGCAUAUACUUGCAUGAGUUCCCAGAGGGAUAUCGGCCGCCUCGACAUCAGCCACGAAGGCGCAAUAACCAUCCUUCGUUUGAAUUUACAUGGAACGAUGAUUAUGAUGAGGAGGACGACCUAGAUCGUGCCCUUCAGCUUUUUGGUGUGCUUUCCCUUGACUUUUUAGAGAAUGCUGGCUUUUUUUAUGAACUUUUUGAUUCUGAUCUGUCUGAUUUUAGUCUGGAGGAUGAUUUUGAUUCUUCUGAUGAUGAUUAACGGUGCAAUCAAAGUCUCAAGGUGGUGUGUAGUGCUAUAUUAAUGCAUGUGGCUGGUGACAAUGAUAAUGGUCUACGUUACCAAUUUUGGCAGUGCUAUUGUAGAUAGCAGGCUAAGCCAUACAGUUAGGUAUUUGUAAUAAGUCUAUUUACACUGGUUUAUUAUGUUGGUAAAUUUGAAUUAUUUCUCAGUGUAGUGGCACUGUAAUCUAUUAAGCUACCUUGUUUAAAACCUACCGUUGUUCAGAAAUUCAAGUUCUUUAGGAUGAAGACGUAACACUUGUGAAUUGAGUGGCACAUGUGAUAUCUCAAUGAUUUGAACAAUUUGUAUUGUGAUUUUUUUGUAAGAUGGAUUUCUAGGAUUGCAAUGAAUUCCAUGAUCACUGCUGUUCACUGGGGAAUUGGCUAUUUGUAAUAUUUGAACCUUGUAAAUAUGUGCUAGGAAGUUGCUGUAGUGAUACUGAGUCACUACACCAAAGUUUUAAAGUUAAAUAAUGUAGAUUUGAAAUAACUACAAUUUUGCUUCCUUUUAUAGGGCAAAAAGAAUCAAAGGAAGUUUAACAUUUUGUAACCUGAUCAAUAAUGAGCUAUUAAUAAAAUUAGUGAGGAUAUUUUUAAAAAUUUGUACUGAUGUCAAAAUAAAACAAUUUGUCAAUA